ACCGGGGUUGCCUCAGACAUUCCAAUGAUGUGACACCUCACGCUGACUGCUCCACUCGCAGUCCCGGUCACCAGGCUCACUGGCAGUUAGUGUAGGCUAGUCAGCAGCUGAGCACCAAGUAGUACUCUUUCUGCGACAAAGCCAUGCUGACGUUAGUUUGUAUCGUAGUAAAUCGACACAUUUGAUUACUGUAAACAGUACACUUGCACAAUGCGGAGACCUUCAGGUCUCAAGGACCUCUAACAGUUUGCUUGCAGCGUGCUGAGUGCUUGAAUUGUAUCCUGCCCAAGGGUGACCUGCCUUGACAUUGACCGUCCUUCACCACUGUGACUGCCUGCGUUGGGUGUGAUUGCACGUAAUAGACCAAUCACCUGGCUUAAAUCCUCUGUGACAUGAAGGACGGUUGGGAGAGUCAUAAACAGGCUGGAAUUCUGAUCGUUGCCAUGGCCUCAGGGGAGCUUGACGCAGGAGUGAUCGGGAACAGGGGUCAGGGGAUACAGCCACCCGCCGUGGCUUCUGCGGACAGAAAUAUCCACAGUCACAGGCGCAGUCGCAGCUGGUUCCCUCCUGCGGCUAAAAGUCCCACUUCGCCGCCCUGCUGUUCACACCAGAGCAUUGCAGCCACCAGCCUGAGGAUGGGUUCAGUAUCCCCACUAAGUCCUCCUACUGGAGCUUGCCAUCUCUGUGGACCAGGGAAAUUAACAGCUAAUAAACCAGGGGACACGGUUUGUACUGGGCACACAGGACACCAAACCAAAGUUAACCAAAGUUAUAGCGGCACCUAUGGGGAGAGGGUGGAAGGACCUCAUGACGUAGGGCAAAGAAGCACAAGCAACUCUGAGCAGGCAGAAUCUCCCGGAGACAGCCCUACAGCCUGUUGGGCAUCAUCAUCGCCUGGCAGGCAGCAGCCAUCUGGCUGUGUGACUGGGGAGUUUUACUCUGACUGUGUCCACCUUGGUGGGGAAGCGUCAGGGUCGAGUGGCUCCGCGGACUCACUGUGCCAGCUGGAUGGCGAAGCAGAUGGGCAGCAGGAUGAGGUCAUGCCAGCCAGUCGGCUGGGUUUGAGGAGGAGCAGUCUGCCUGCGGUGGCGUCACCACACCGCCCUCCCCGUGGAUUCUUCGGCCUGGGGGACAGGACAAAUGUACGCUGCGGGCACUGCCUGAAGAACGGGUACUCUAGUUUGGAGCGUCUGGACCGUCGACCCCGACGCAAGUGCCUCCUGAAGGCCCAGAGUUCGUCGCCCCUGGCCAGUGUUUACGGCCGUGACGACGACGGGGUCGUAUCGGACAGCGAGUUCAUACGACAGAGGAAGGAACGCUCCACCGUCCUGGUGCGACGGUACCAGAAGAACAACCAGAGGAUCCGGAGAACGGUGUUCCCAGGUGCGAGGGCCAUCAUGAGGGCUCUGCUCUCGGGUCACAUUGCCGAGGCAGUGUUGGACGCUGUUCGUGGACAGCAGUUGGCUCACCGUGGAGGGAAGAACCUUCCGGAAUGUUCUCCGGGACGCGACGCGGCUCUUCUAACGAUUCAUCUCCAGGUGUCCAAGGCUCUUCUCACCUACCCUGGCUUCAGGUUCUCACAGCUUGACCAUGUGCUGAUCCUGAGCCAACCCCCAGAUCUGAUCCUCUCAGCAAGACUGCUGCAUCUGCCCAGGGCUGAUGUGCGGGGUCGUUUCCCAGGAGACGUGGGUCACGCCGUUGAGUUCCGCGCCUGCCUGAGCCGCACCCGCCUGUACACCAACGUCUGCGGCGCGCUGCUGGAGGCCGCCGCUGCUCUCGGAACUCGGAGUGCCAUGCCGGGCGGCACUGCAGGAAUACCCGGAACGCCGGCCAGCUCUGUGGGUCGACCCAUGCCGAAGGAGCGGCAGCUGUGUGCCAGCGUGGCCCAGAGCGUGGGCUCUCUGCCGAGCGGCGUGGCGGGCAUCAGCAAGGAGCUGGCGGAGCUGCGGCACCUGGUGCAGUUCCCCGAGGAGGUGGCCAGCGUCCUCACCGAGCAGGAGCGCCGCCUGUACCGCCGCGUCUUCCCGCUCGACUACCUGUGCCUGCUCACGCGGCAGCUGGGCAGCCCCGAGUGCCCGCCGCGCCACCCGCACCUGAGGGCCUCACUCUCCGCGCCCGCCAUGCCCGGCGGCAGCGGGGACGCCCAGCAGAGGAGCGCCCUGGAGGACCUGGUGACGCGCUUCAAUGAGGUAAGCUCAUGGGUCACCUGGUUGAUUCUGACGGCCGGUUCUAUGGAGGAGAAGCGUGAGGUGUUCUCUUAUAUGGUCCACGUUGCCAACUGCUGCUGGAACAUCGGCAACUACAACGCCGUCAUGGAGUUCUUAGCCGGGCUCAGGUCCCGUAAGGUGCUGAAGAUGUGGCAGUUCAUGGACCAGGCGGACAUCGAGAACAUGCGGCGUCUGAAGGACUCCAUGGCACAGCACGAGUCGUCGACGGAGUACCGCAAGGCCGUGCACCGCGCCCUCCACAUCCCCGGCUGCAAGGUGGUGCCCUUCUGCGGCGUCUUCCUCAAGGAGCUCAGCGACGCCCUGGACGGAGCCGCCAGCCUCAUCGGCCUCCGACCCUCGCUGGACCCCAAGGAGGACACCGUGGAGUUUGUGUCGGACUACAGCGGGCAGCCAGGCUUCGUGCAGCGUGCCGGUCCCGACGGCCUCCACAAAGCGGAGAAGGAGGGCACGGUCAGCAACAUCCUCCAGACCAUCCGCAGCUGCCACCGCAGCCUGGAAAUUGAGGAGCCGACAACCGCCGACGGCGACCCGGCCAGCGGCGCAGACAGCCCGGCCUCACGGCGCCACUCCCUCAAGGACCGAUACAAGAACCCUUUCUCCAUCGGUGACCUCUCAGAUGCUGAGGUCGAAGGUCAGGACCAGGUCGAGGAGUGUGUCGGCGAGAAAGGCGAGGAAGAGGAUGAGGCUGACCCGCAGGUCUGCUCCGAGGACCUCCACGGCCCGUUCGGCCACGACACUGAGCUCAUCCCCUGGUACGUCCUCUCCGUCCGCGCCGAGGUCCACCAGUUCCUGCUGCGCGGCGCCACAGUCAUCCACUACGAGCAGGACAGCCGCCUGAGCGCCCGCUGCUCCCUGCGCCUCCUGCCCGACAACGGCACCCUCGUCUGGGCCAGGCCACACAGCGGCGGCCCCUUCCCUGGAGCCAAGGCCUCCGAGCCCCUCCAGGCUCCGGGGACCAGCGGUGGUGGCGGCGGGAGCAGCAGUGGGGGCGUGCUGGGGUUGGGGCUGACGGAGGGCAUGCUGGACCUGGCCUCGGUGAAGGCGGUGUUCCGGGGCCACCCGGGCGCCGACGUGGCCGCUGUGUGCCUGCAGAACAAGCUGUGCGGCCUGAGCGCCGGCGAACACGCCGUCACGCUGCUCCACGGCCACGGCACCACCGACAACAGGCUGCUGCACUUCGUGGCACCGGGGCACACGGCACGCAUGCUGUACGAGGGGCUGCAGGCGCUGGCCGCCGCCACCAGGAAAAUGCGACGCUUCCCUGACCAGAGGCUACAGUGGCUCAGGAGGCAGUACAUCAGCCUCUAUCAGGAGGAUGGUCGGUGUGAGGGCCCCACGUUGGCCCAUGCCAUUGAGCUUUUUGGGGGGCGGCGGUGGAAUGUGGGGGCCGGCAGUGGGAGUGGCACACUUGGAAGGGGCGGGGAGAAGGGGGGGUCUCAGAGGGGCAGCCCACUGGGCAUCACUGCUGCCAACAAGAAGAAGAAGAAACCGCUAGUGAGGGGAGACAGUGGUGAGGGCACGGAUGAUGAGAUGAUCACCAGGAAGACCCGCAGCUGUAAGGAGUCUGUGGGCAGGAGAGAGUCGGACCCAUGCGAUGGGCAGGACCCGCAGGAAACAGAAGACAGCGCCACCUUUGGCCUUCCUGGACCCUUCUCCCUGUCUGCUAAUAAAUCCCAGUCCCCUGGCCCCUCCCUCUCUACUUCGUCGUCGUGCUCCUCCUCCUCCUCUACCUCCUCCGCCAGCAUGAGCUCCUCCCAGUCCACCCGUCCAAAUUCUUCUCCCAUCCCGUCUUGCAACGCCAAGGGUCAGCAGAGUGCGUGGAGCAGUAGGUCCUGGCAUGGCCGGGGGAAAGGCUGCUUCAAGGGCUUCCAGAACAUCAUGAGCUCGGACAGCACCAUGAGCUUUGUGGAGUUCGUGGAGCUCUUCAAGUCCUUCAGUAUCCGUAGCCGUAAGGACCUGAAGGAGCUGUUCGACACGUACGCCGUCCCAUGCACCCGCUCUGACCCCAACUCGCCCCGCCUCUACCCAAACCUCAAGGCUGAGGACAAGGUCGCAGGACUGCAGCCAGACUUAGACCUGCUGACUCGCAACGGCUCCGACAUGGGCCUGUUCAUCCGCUCCAGGCAACCGUUGCCCGACAACCAGAAGCAGAUCUCGGACGCCAUAGCAGCAGCCAGCAUUAUGAGCAACGGCACAGGCGUGGAGAACGCCUCGCUCGGCGUGCUCGGCCUAUCCUUCACGCAGCUCAGCGACUUCCUGGUCAAUUGCCAGGGAGAACACCUCACUUACGGCCAGCUGCUGGGCCUCAUUCAGAAAUUUGAACCUUCAGCUAACAUGCACCAGAUGGGCUGGAUGUCUUUUGAGGGCUUUGCCAGGUUCCUCAUGGACAAGGACAACUUUGCGUCUAAGCUGGAGGAGUCGGAGGUGAACCCAGAGGAGUUGCAGUACCCCCUCUCCUUCUACUACAUCGAGUCCUCCCACAACACCUACCUCACCGGGCACCAGCUGAAGGGGGAGUCCUCUGUGGAGCUCUACUCUCAGGUGUUGCUGCAGGGAUGUCGAAGUGUGGAGUUGGACUGCUGGGACGGAGAUGACGGGCUGCCAGUCAUCUACCAUGGCCACACCCUCACCACGAAAAUCCCCUUCAAGGAUGUGGUGGAGGCGAUAAACCGGACAGCGUUUGUCAACUCUGAGAUGCCGGUGGUCUUGUCGAUCGAGAAUCACUGUUCCUUACCUCAACAGCGCAAAAUGGCCGAAAUCUUCAAGACGGUGUUUGGGGAGAGGCUGGUGACGCGGUUCCUGUUUGAGAGCGACUUCUCCGACGAGCCGCUGCUGCCCUCCCCGCUGCAGCUGAAGGGGAAGAUCCUGCUGAAGAACAAGAAGCUCAAGGCCCACCAGGCCCCCGUGGACAUCCUCAAACAGAAGGCCCAUCAGUUGGCUCACAUGCAGGCCCAGGCCAAUAACGGCCCCCCCAGCAGCAGCGGCCCCCUGGGUAACACCCCCGAGGAAGAGGAGGAGGAGGAAGACGAGUAUGACUACGACUACGAGUCCCUGUCCGACGCUGAUGUGCGCACAGCCUCUUCAGCUUUUUGUGGCCGGGAAGACAACAUCCUGGAAGAUAAGCCGGAGGGCAGGCCGGCGGGGGAGAGGCAGCCGUGUGAGUCGGCCGAAGAGGCGCGGGAGAAGAGGGGAAAGAAAGCAGACAGCAGACACGGCAAGGGGAAGCAGGUGUACGAUCUAGAGCUGGGGGAAGAGUUCUAUCUGCCGCAGAAUAAGAAGGAGAGCCGACAGAUCGCCCAGGAACUCUCAGACCUCAUCAUCUACUGCCAGGCCAUCAAAUUCCCAGGCCUCUCGUCCCUGUCUCCUGUGGGCUCCAGUAGGGGGAAGGAGAGGAAGAGCAGGAAGUCCAUAUUUGGGAGCCAGGCCAGAGGAAGCCCAGGGGAACCCGUGUCUGCCCCACGGCCUUCUGGGAAAGGCAUCUCAGAGGGCAGCUCUCGCUCCAGUGGUUGCGAGGACCCACCUCAGCAGCAGCAACAACAACAGCAGCACCCACCUCAGCAGCAGCAGCAGUCCUCUCCUGGCCCCUGCCCCGCUCUCCCCCACCUCUACACCCCCCUUUCGACCCCCCUAGCCCCCCCCAACCCCACCGGCCCGGCCUCCCUGAGCUCCAUCAUCCGCACGCCGCGCUGCUACCACAUCUCCUCGGUGAACGAGAACGCCGCCAAGCGCCUGUACCGCCGGCAGUCGCGGGCGCUGCUGCAGCACACGGGCGCCCAGCUGCUCCGCACCUACCCCGCCGCCACGCGCAUCGACUCCGCCAACCCCAACCCACUGCCCUUCUGGCUCCACGGCAUACAGCUGGUGGCACUCAACUACCAGACCGACGAUCUGCCCCUGCAGUUGAACACAGCCCUGUUUGAGGCCAACGGGCGCUGUGGGUACGUGCUGAAGCCCCCCGUGCUGUGGGAACGUAACUGCCCCCUCUACCAGAACUUCAGCCCCAUGGAGAGGGACACCGAGGGCAUAGUGCCCACCAUCUACACCAUCACGGUGGUGUCGGGUCAGAACGUGUGUCCCGGUAACACAUCAGGCAGCCCGUGCGUGGAGCUGGAUCUGCUAGGCGCGCCCACCGACGCCUGCCACUUCCGCACCAAGCCCAUCCACCGCAACCCGCUGAACCCCAUGUGGAGCGAGAGCUUCACGCUGGCCGUGCACUGCGAGGACCUGGCCUUCCUGCGCCUGGCCGUGGUGGAGAACAACAGCUCCCAGGUCACCGCCCAGCGCAUCCUGCCGCUCCGCGCGCUCAAGACCGGCUACAGGCACCUACCCCUGAGGAAUCAGCACAAUGACCCUCUGGAAGUGUCCAGCCUCUUCAUCUUCAGCCGCAGAGUGGAGGAGAGCGCCGUCACUGCAGCACUUCCCGGUCUCACCACAGGGGGAGCUGUUUCCUCUCCCACCAGCGGAGGCGUCGUGCCUGCUCUCCCUGCUGCUGUGCUGUUCAGCUCGGAGGACCGGCGCGCUGCGGUCCACUACAAGGUGACUGUUCACGGGGCGGCAGGUCAAGAGCCUUUCACUGUGGUGACUGUGAGGGAGCACACCACCGCAAAACAGCUCAUACACACGCUUCUCUCCAGUUCCCCGGCGGUCGACCGCGCUGACUCAGACUCGGACUCGGACUCCAGUGUGGGCUACUUCCUGUCUGAGGAGAGGGUUGCUCUCUCUAAAGAGAAGAGCGACGGCAGGAGGCUGGCUCGAUGGCGCCCCCUAGCGUCAGAAGAGGAGGUGGUGCGGUUGGUGAACAGCUGGCCCCCGGAGGAAGGCUUCAUAGGGAGACUGUGGCUGAGGACCUCGGAAGAGGACCUGAAUGAGAAGAAUGGUGAGAUGGAGGGAUCGCAGGAGGUGAAGAGUGGAGGAGAGGAGGAGAUGUUUUUUGUGCAGGUGCACGACGUCUCGCCCGAGCAGCCGCACACAGUCAUCAGAGCACCACGGCACAGCACAGCUCAGGAUAUCAUCCGCCAGGCUCUGAGCAAGGCCAAGUACUCGUACAGCAUCCUGAGCCACCCCAACCCCGCGGACUACGUGCUCCUGGAGGAGGUGAACAAGGAGGUGGCGGGGGGCAAGAAGUCUGCGGGGGGCAAAGCCAGUCAGCGCGUGCUGCCGGAGAACGAGUGUGUGUACCUGACCCAGAGCCACUGGAGGGGAUCGGGGAGGUUCAUCCUCAAGCUCAAAGAACAGGUGGUGCGUGAGGACAAGCGUCGGGGCAUGUCGUUUGCGAGCGAGCUGUGGAAGUUGACGGGCCGCAGCCGGAGCCUAGCUCAAGAGAACAACAGCAGCAGCAGCAGCGCCCCCUACAGUGUGCUGCUCUCGGAGAGGCUAAGGGCGUGGCUAAACGCAGGAGACUGUUCGACAACCAAUCGCAGACUCCCUGCCAGCGCCCCGGGCCCCUCCCCCUGGGCCCACCCACUGCUGUGGAACUGGAAGCUGCACAAAUGAGCUCCGACCUCCCUAUCCAAUCAUAUCGCACAUUGUCUCCAUUACGUCACCGACGGCAACGGGCUGGAUGAUGCAGAUGAGGUCUCUCCUGGCUCUGAACCAAUUGUUCUGUAAGGCCAGAGUUGUGGAACUUUGGACAAACGCUAGAUGGCUCUCCUCGUGUCAGCGGGGUCUGAAGAGCGGAGUCUCUGGGGUCAAAGUUGAAGGUGAGAGGGGGUCACAUGACUCCUUCAGCGGACCGUUCCCGCCCACUUCGAGGGCUACCCACCAAUGACAUGGCUGGGAUUUCUUGAUUGCUUGUAGGUCCUGCUUUAAUCACACUUUUGUCAUUUCAUAAGCCACCCACCCCAUGUAGUUUCUGAGGGGUCUACUCUCGCCUCCAGAUUGUCAGCCAACCAGACUCAGGGUUGUAGCCCAGAACGUGCCUAAGUCUGGUGGCUAUUGGGACUAGCACUUCCUGGUCUUUUUAUCUCAGUAAUGCUCCAUGCUUUUAGUGGCAUUAAUCUAUGUUGUUGAGGGUUGGUAUGCUAACUUUCAAAGGAAACUAUUUAGUAAACGAAGGUGCGUCUGCUCCCAUUUAGGUUCCUGAGUAUUGAUCAGAAUCAGCAGAGUAAGAUGGCGGGGUAGGAGUUGUCAGUGUUUAAUACUGCGUGUGCUCCUUGCACAAAAGCAAAAUUGAUGAGUGAUGCAGGUAUCUUCUUAGGUUCCUCCUGUUGCAUUCAAAAUUAUAUUUGAAGAAUUUAAGAAUAACUAUUAUCGUCCUGGUCAGUGAGGAUCGUGUUGGUGUCCUUGAGCGUUGUUGCACCUUUUAUACAAGCAAUUUAUUUAAAUGCAAAGCAGAAGACUUUCUUUUAAUUACAUUUUUAAAUAUCCAAUUUACUUAUUGUUCCGGAAUGUGAAGAA